UAGUUACUACAGCUGCUGCUGCUAGUUGCUACUGCUGCUCCUGGUGUCCGUAACUGUAAUUCCUGUUGUAUAACUUGUAUAAGUAAUAACAUUAUUAUUAUUGUACCUAUCGCGUACAGGAGUAACCGAUACUGAAAUGCUCCGUGUAACUGUAUCAGCAAUAAUAUUUUAAUUUUAAUCAAUUUGUCCGUGGGCCGUGACGGACUCUAGUACUCUAUACCAAUGUCCGCGAUAGUCAACAAGUAAUAACAUAUAACAGUCGCUGUCAGAAACAGUUUCAUAUUAAUAUUACUGAUUGAAGAUUGUUAUUAUUAAUUAUAUAUUUAUACAUAUGAAUACAUCCUGACUCCUGUGACGAAUGAUCAUUUCCAAAUAUUGUUGAAGAUGUUUGACUCAUCAAACCAGAAUUGUUACCAUAAUUCAAUAGCUGUACAAAUAAUUGCCUGAACUGGAUGUUAACUGUACAUGAAAAUGGCCCUAACCGAUGAUGGAGAUGAUACAGAAUGGCUUCAAAGCAUUUUGUUGGAUGUUCAACUUGAACACUUUCUUAGUCGAAUCAUUGACGAACUUCAAAUAACCAGAUUAACUCACUUUGAGUAUGUUAAACCAGAAGAUUUAGAAAAUAUUGGUAUUAGUAAACCAGCAGCUCGAAGACUAUUGGAGGCUGUAAAAAAACGUAAAGGUGCUGAGCGAAGAAAUAAAAUUUUGUCAAUUUUGGGUGGAACACAAGCCAACAAACAUUCGACAGGAACACUAAAAAAAAAUACUCCUUCAAUUGACUCUGCUCAACCAUCAGCUCUAUCUCUUACUUGUUUAAUCCUUGAAAAGGAUAUAAAGUUAUCUGAAAAAAUUGGUGAUGGUUCUUUUGGAAUCGUGAGCCGUGGAGAGUGGACCACUUCAACCGGGCGUGUUAUUCAAGUUGCUGUCAAGAUGUUAAAACAAGAUGUACCAUCAUUGCCACAAAUGUUUGAAGAUUUUGUCAAAGAAGUUCAAGCUAUGCAUACAUUAGAUCAUGUGCACCUUAUAAAGUUGUUUGGAAUUGUUUUAACUCAGCCAAUGAUGAUGGUAACUGAACUAGCUGCUUUAGGUAGUCUUAGAGACUAUUUAAGAAAGCAAUGUGGCCAUAUUAUGAUAACUGAUUUAUGGGAGUAUGCUCUACAAGUUGCUACUGGUAUGGAGUAUCUUGAGAAAAAAAGGUGUAUACACAGAGAUUUAGCAUGUCGAAAUAUAUUGCUUACUACACCUCACCAGGUAAAAAUUGGUGAUUUUGGACUGAUGCGGUUAUUACCAAUGGAAGAAGAUUGUUAUGUUAUGACUGAGCGACGCAGAGUACCAUUUCCCUGGUGUGCUCCAGAAAGUUUACGCACUAGACAAUUUUCACAUGCUUCUGAUACAUGGAUGUAUGGUGUGGUACUUUGGGAAAUGUUUACUGGUGGUGAAGAACCUUGGGCAGGUCUUGAUGCUUCACAAGUACUAUCCAAACUUGUAAGAGAACGACAGCGUCUAGAGCAACCAGAAGCAUGUCCAAUAAAUUUGUACAGAUUAAUGCAGCAGUGUUGGAUCUUAGAUCCAGGUGAACGUCCAAGUUUUAAAAGCAUAAGAAAUUAUUUAAAAAGUAACUCUCCAAUCAUUGUCAAAGCUACAUCAUCUUUGGUAUCCACUGAAUUUUGUGAUGACUCAAGUAGAAUGGAAGUAGAAGUAGGUGAUCGAAUUAUUGUAAUUGAUGGACAACCAGAUCAUUUUUGGUGGAAAGGACAAAAUUUGAGGACUUUUCAAAUUGGAAACUUUGCUAGGCGAUCAGUUGAUCCAAUGAGACGAAAAGCAUCAGAUGAUAUAAGCAAACCCCUUCGAAAUUCUUUCAUUCAUACUGGCCAUCAUGGCGAUGCAAGUGGAAAUAAUUGGGGCUUUCAUGAUAAAAUUGAUCAAGUCUACUUAAAUAAUCCUAUGGAGCCACCAGAUUUAUUAGGAGGUCGUCCUAGAGUUGUUGAAACUGGUCCUCCUAUACUGCCAAGUCGAAAAAAUACCAGUCCCAAAAAAAAUGUGGACCUUGUUGAAAAAAAUGUACGAUCCAAAGCAGAAAAAUCCAAAAACACUGUGCUAACAUCUAUACUCCCAUCAAACAAACAAUUCAACUACUCCAAGCUUACUGAUGGUCGUAAAAGAAGCUUAAGACCAGCUCCUGGUAGACCUCCUGGUCCAUUUCCUCAACUACCUAUAGGCGAACAAGUUUUGGUUGAUUUAGAUGGAUGUACGCCACCACCAAUAAACCAUAACAACAGCAAUUCUUCAUCCAUCAAUUCAAGUUUAUCUAUUCUUGAUCAACCAAUUGAUGUUGCCGAAACUGAUAAUUCUGAACCAUUUAAUUAUAAUCACACUUAUACAAAUGUCAGUGGAUUAUUUUCUUCUGAACAACCUUGUGAUCCAUUUGAUACUUCUAUCUUUGAAACUACUACCGAUGCUGUUGAAAAACUUCCUUCAUAUUCUGAUACGCACAUUUUACAAUCCAAUGAGCCUGUAUUGACUAAUACACCUAAACUUGAUAUGAACUUCAUUGCUGAACUUGAAAAAAGUCUAGGUAAAAAAGAAGCCCAAGCCAAUACUAAUAACCAAAUUGUGUUGGCACCUCCUAAUGUGGCUCCAAAAAAAUUAAACACCGAACUUUUAAAUUCAGCUAUUCCUCGACCUUCAAGUUCCACAAACAAUCACACCAAUGGCUCAAAUACAUCUAGUUAUUAUUCAACAACAGAACUUGAUAUGUCAUUAUUUGUCUCUAAGUACGAUUCAGAUCCAAUAUAUGCAGCCAAUCUGAAUAAAGCAGAAAAUAAAGUCAAAGAGUUGUGUAUAAGUGAUAUAACGUCGCAUAAAAAUAUCAACAAUACAGCUUCUAAUUAUUAUAAAAAUGAUGUAUAUUCGAAUGUCAAGACUGAUAAUUUAACUGUUGCCUCAAAUUAUAGUUCGCCGUACUAUAGUCCUCCAGUAGACCUAUCAAGGUACUAUAGUCAAACACCCAACAUGUAUCAGAUUGUUCCAGAGCAAAAUACGUCUGAUUCUUCUGUAUCUCAGCUUUGUAGUUAUUUUAAUAACACGGUGACUGAAGAAGAAUGUUUAGAUGCUUUAGAAGCAACAUGUUGGAAUUUCCAGGAGAGUGUAAAAUAUCUGAAAAUUAAUAAUCUUUUAAGAUUAGGAAUGGCAUCCAGAGAAGCUUGUGUUAUUGCUCUGAACAACUGUAAUUGGAAUGUGGAAGAAGCUGCUUCCACGCUAUGUGACACUGUUUGAACCUACCACUUGUAGAAAGAAAAGGUUUCUCCACCAAUUUCAGGAGAACAAAUUUUUAUUUUUCCCUAAGGGAAAUGUUUACUAUUGAAUUAUUCAAUUUGUAUACUAUAGUCUCUAUAUUUUUAAAUUAAGUAUACCUGUGAUAAAAUGUAUUUCCAUAUUAGGUACCUAGUUAGCCAUAAAAAAAUCAUUAUUUUAAAUAACACCAAAGUGGUAUUAUCGUUUUAGAUAAAUGUGUAAAAAUAA